AUGAAUCUAUGUCAAACAAUUCAAAAUACGCUUGAUAGCACACUUAGAAAUGAUGAUACUGCUAUUAUAUUCGGUGAAGAUGUUGCAUUUGGUGGUGUUUUUCGAUGUACAGCAGAUUUAAGAUCAAAAUACGGCGCUGAUCGUGUAUUUAAUACACCAUUAUGUGAACAAGGUAUAAUUGGUUUUGGAAUAGGUGCAGCCGUUGCUGGAACAACAGCUAUUGCUGAAAUUCAAUUUGCUGAUUAUAUCUUUCCAGCAUAUGAUCAAAUUGUAAAUGAAGCAGCUAAAUAUCGAUAUCGUUCACAGAAUUUAUUUAAUUGUGGUCGUCUUACAAUUCGUACACCAUGGGGUGCAGUUGGACAUGGUGCACUCUAUCAUUCACAAUCACCUGAAGCACAAUUUAUGCAUACACCUGGCAUUAAAGUCGUUAUUCCACGUAGUGCAAUUCAAGCUAAAGGAUUACUUUUAUCCUGUAUUAAAGAUGAUAAUCCAUGCAUAUUUUUUGAACCGAAAAUUCUCUAUCGAUCUGCUAAAGAAGAUGUACCACUCAAAGAAUAUACUAUUCCUUUAUCUAAAGCUCAAGUUAUAUCCGAAGGUUCUGAUGUGACACUUGUUUCAUGGGGAACUCAAGUUCAUGUUAUGCGUGAAGUAGCACAAAUGGCAGCGAAAGAAAAUAUAUCUUGUGAAGUAAUUGAUUUACGAACCAUUCUACCAUGGGAUAUUGAUACAAUAUGUCAGUCCGUGAGUAAAACAGGUCGAUUACUUAUAAGCCACGAAGCACCAAUAACUGGUGGUGUUGGUGCUGAAAUUGCUGCUACUGUUUCUAAAGAAUGUUUCUUAAAUCUUGAAGCACCAAUAGAACGUAUAUGUGGUUAUGAUAUUCAUCCAAUUCCACAUGUUUUUGAACCAUUUUAUUUCCCAUCUAAAUGGCGUUGUUUGGAAGCUAUCAAGCGUAUGCUAAAUUUUUGA